UUGAAGAGAACAAGACUUAGUGUUGAAUACUUCAUGUGAUCAGAGAUAUCAAAAGCGCCCAAGAUGUGCUUGUCUUCACACCUCUGACUUGUCUGGAAACCUCUCCAUUGGUAGCGUCUAUGAUUCUCAAACUCGUAAAGUUGUAUUAAGUGAAGUGGAUCGAAACCUCCGGAUCAUCAAGGAAUCCAAAAUGGCAUGCAGCACUCGUGCCGAGAGCAGGCUCCGCGGGAAGUUUUUGUGCAGCAAGUGCUACCGAGAGUUUGAUCGGUCACACAUCCUCUGGUGCGGGCAGUGUAACUGCGAUCUUUUUUGUUACACAUGUGGGGGGAACCACGUUGAUCAAAGUGAACACGAAGUUGGGGACCUAUGCGAUAUUCACGACCGUCUGUUGACUCGAUACUGCAAAACCUGUCCUCGGCUGAUAUGUGAUGACUGUGAGAGUUCAAAUCAUUCAGGGCAAGAACACGAUGUGGUGGAAUACAGGGACGUCAUUGCCGAAACUAUGAAGGAGCUUGAUAAUCACAUUUAUGAAACUGGUGAAACUCAGUUCACGGCACUUGUGGACCAGAUUGCUAAUGGCAAUAAGUUUAGAAAAGAGACGGUGACGAAGAAGAGGCAAUUGUGUAACGUCAUCGAAGAGGUGUAUCGCACAGACUCCAGUUCGAUUGACAGAGAAAUCAUGAUCUUGAAGGAAAAGAUCGUAGAUCACCAACAUUCGAUUGAACAGCUCAAACAGGAUUACCAAGCACGGAUUGAACGUCUCAGGCAGGAUAUAGCAGAAGCGGAACGGAGGAAGAGGAAAACAGACAGCGCGUUCCAGAAGAAGAAGACCCUCAUUGACCAAAUUGAGAAGGAUUUUGACCUCAACCUCAGGAACAUCGACAUUGCCUUCGCAAAUAUGAAAGCUACCGAAGAACAGAUGAGGACACUUUUGGGAAGGGCGUCGUUGAUGGCCAAAGAGAAAUUGCUGGCACCAAGUAUUCUUGAGGACAUCAAGAGGAGAAGGGAUGAUUUGGAUGAACUGGUGGUUGCUGCUGAGAAGGACAAGAUUACGCCACUGCAAAAGAUGGUCAGGAAAGCUCCAGGGCGCUGUUUCACAGAGGAGUAUAUUCGCGCAGCUGGUCUGUUUUCUAGUGCUGCACUUUCAUAUGAGAUACAAGGGGGAGGUUUUGUUAUUCUUGGUGUUGCAUUCAUGUCUGAAAGUCUUUUAGCAGUAUGUGGGGCGAAUCAUCAUCUAUCAGACGGUAAGAUAUACUCUCGAUGGAAAAUAAUGCUGUUGGACAGACAAUCAGAUGAGCAGACAACAAUCCUAAAUGUUGCCUCAACCAUUUUUGGCCCAAAGAAAAUCAAUGACGAUGAGUUGGUCUUUCUCUGCAGGGAAGAACCUGUUCUUCGCGUCAUAAAUGUGCAUACGGGAGUCAUUCGAACCAUCGACGUGCGUUUGCUCGAGACAGUGACAUCUUGUUUGAGGCAGGUCGAGGUGGACGGGAGUGGACGUUUCAUUGUGCUGUAUGGUCAACCACUGAACAAGCAUCUGGUUCUGAUCAGCGGUGGUGGGACUGUUCGUGAAGACAUUGAAGUUGGAGAUGUGACUGCAUUUACGCUCUCGAGGCUGAGCAAUAUGGUUAUUACAUGUAGCUUCCGGUCCGAUGUGAUUACGACGUAUCAUCUGGAGGAGAACGGAUUCACUAAAAUCGCCUCCGUCCAUCACUGCGUGAAGGGGCUCAAUUGCCGUAACAUCUGUUCUGGUGUCCUCGGUGAAAUAUAUGUUGUUGGCGAUAUCCCGCAUGAAGUUGGGAAAACGGAUGCCUCGCCGAACACUCGACAGAAAAAGCUAUAUCAGCUAGAAUUGGAAGAGGACAGCAAAGUUGUAGGGCUACGACCUAUUAGUGGUUUUACCUCUCCAUCCAGCGAGUUUUUAGCUAGAUGCUCGGUUUUUGCAAAUAACAUUGCAUUUUGUUACUUGAACCGGGUCAAGGUUUUUACUUUAAAACCGUGAAUGUCACCUGGUUGUGUUGUCAGCCGCACAGAUUGAUCAUUUGGAUUGUGAAUGCGCUCAUUUUGUGAAUGUUGUAAAACGCUUUGUAGGUCAUCCUUUACAAAACCUUUAAAAACAUUUGUAAAAUCCUAUAAAAUCUACUUAAGUCCAUUCGCGCACUUUUAUUGUUGUUGCUCUCUUUAUACAUACUCUUAUUUUGUCCCUGUGGUCUCGGGCAGACUUUCUCGCGAGUUGUAACAAUGCAUUUUUCUGUUCCAAUUCUUCCUUUAAUUGAGCUAUGAGUUUGUCUUUUUGGAUUAUCGAUUCCUUCAUUUCUGGUAUGGAAUGAAGAUUCUGGAAGUAUGAUUAAAGAGAGAAUAAGGGAUGACCGAAAUAUAAAGCAAAACUGGCAUUCACAAUAAUCGUCUUUCAUUCUAUACAGUAUAUACUCUCCAUAAAUAAGCUUGCAAGCGACGCUCAACACUACACUAUUUUAUUUCAUCAGCCUAAUGUGGCCCAAGGCCCUAAUCAAUUGCUGCGUCUGGAAUGUUUGGAACGCAGGGAUUACAGGGGUUUUCGUGGAUUACGUCCUUGGUUUGGGGUGGGGUGUGCAUCAGUGGAAUUACCUUUUCUAUCAAUUCGUUUCGUCGCAGUUCUUCUUUUACUUGAACCUUGAGAUCGUCUACUUUCACUUCUAAUUGUUCUAUGUUAGAUUCAGCAAGCUGAAGAAAAAAAAAACAGCUUAAGGGUAACUCGUGUCAAAUUUCACCAUAUGAUGUUUUAGCUGUUUUUGACAAAUGACUACGUCACUUUCUCAUAAAUCGGUAAGGUUUUCGAAUCGAAAUGCACAUUUUCUAGAAAUUGAUGGUUUAAUCCCGCCCGGACGGCUCGCUUCGAUGCCGUUUUCGUUGAUGACGUCACAACAUGAACAUUUUCGCGGUCGCGGUGGUUUAUAUUCAGCGAUUUUAUAAUAAAUCUAAUCAAAAAUGGAAAAUUUGAGCUUUACAUUUGUGAUCAACAAUAAAAAACGGACGUAUUUCCGCAAAGUUGUAAAUCACAUCAUAGUAUCACUUCAACAUGAAUGCAACACUAGAGUUGCGCAUUCAGUUGGGAGACGUGGGCAUGAACAGGAUCCCAGGCGGCGAUAACCGCUCUUUGAUAUCAGGGAUAUACGCGGAUUACUUUUAACCCACCCCGCCUAAUUGGCUACCUCUUUUAACCGACUAAAGAAAAACGAUAUGAAAUUGGUCAUAACUUCUUUCUAGGGUUCUU